GUCGCCCGUCCAUCGCAGCCAUGACCAAAUUCGCGCUCUUUCGAUCGAAGAAGCUCGACAUAUCAUGCUUCAUCAACAACAAGAAUCUGCGUGACCACACCAAGCGCAAAGUCUUCGAACAGACCGAGCCCGAGCGACAAGCACUGCGAUAUCUCAUUCGAAACACAUCGUUGCCCCAACGGACGCGGGCGCAGGCGCAACUCCAACUAAGUCAGAUGCAUUGCUAUACCCGAAGCACGCAGAUCAAGAACCGAUGUGUGAUGGGCGGCAAGGGAAGAGGGAUCUUCCAGGACUUCAGAAUGGCAAGGUAUCAAUUCCGCAUGAAUGCGCUUGCUGGCCGAAUUCCUGGCGUUAAGAAGGCGAGUUGGUAAGGUAGGGCGUGGUGGAUUAUAUUGGGCAGUACAAGCAUUGGGAGGAGUCGGGAACAGAAUCGACGCCGCAGGGCAGGCUCUGAUACGCUGGCACAGAAAUGAUGGUCUUAUUGCUUGAAGCGGUGGAGAAGGGCGUGCGGAGAGGCUCGCAGACCAGGUGAGGUUGUGGGAGAAGAUGCGCAUCUAUAUCUGCAACAGCGAGGACCAGGGACCGGUCGAAUGUCGCAACGAGCGACUUUACACAACGAGGCAGCCGCGUUCAGCAGUGCGUCGCGGAACUCAAAUCUAGGGAGGGAAGGCACGAGGUGUAGGCAUCCCCACACAAGCGCCUCCAAGAUUUAUUGCAUCCUCUCCCAUUCCUGCCCUUUCUCUGCACUCUCCAUCUGCGAAGACCACAUACAUGGCGGUCAGUCAUUUUCACCGCUGGUCUCACAACACGGCUCCUUUCAGGACAUGUCUAGAACACCUAGGUCCUUCAAAAGUUCGAGUGAUCGAACAGAAAUCUGAAACACUGUCUCAAGGCAAAUAUUAGUGAUAACGUCGUUGUGUUAUAAGAAUUGCUCGCUCUCUCCGGGCAUUGAGGG